AUGACCAAGACUGUUGAUGAAGCUAAGGUUCUUAUUGAGAAUCUUGCAGCUAGUGAUUGUAACAACUGUCCUGAUUAUGACCGCUCAAGCCGCACCACUACUAGCUCCCCUGAUUCUUUUCAAAUGACUGAACUCAAGAACAUGAUGGCUCAAGUUCUUAAGGGACAGCUCAAGCAUAUCAAUGCAAUAGAAGGGAUGAGUGAUGCGAAUGAAGACCCAUCAAGAGAAUGCAUGGGAGAUUUCUCUAAUGAAGCCAAUGAAGAAGAUGUGAACUACAUUGGAAACUAUGGGAACAAGGGAUACAAUCCAAGCUAUCGCCCAAACCCCAACAUGUCUUAUAGAAACCCCAAUGUGGAGAAUCCUCAAGACCAAGUGUAUCCUCCAAGGUAUCCACAACAACAAAGGCCUCCUUACCAAUCUCAAGGAAGCCAAUUCCAGCCAAGGCAAGGGUAUGAGCAGAGAUCAUCAUAUCCACCCAAGGAGCCAUAUGCUUCUUCACCAAAUCAAGCUCCUCCAAACCAACAAGGUGGGAGAUUUGAAGGAAUCCUCCAACAGAUCAUGGAUGGCCAGAAGAAGAAUAGCAAAGAGAUGUAUGAGAAGAUGGACACUUUGUUCAGCAAUCUCAAUACUAAGUAUGAUGCUGUUGCCACUCAUGUGAAGAAACUAGAGACUCAAGUCACCCAAACUAUGGAAGCUGUUAAGAGACAGGAAGCUGAAUCCAAGAAGUCCUUUUGCAACUCAGCUGCUAUAGAAGAAAGAUUUGAAGACCAAGUUCCAGAAUGA